GGGACGCGGCGCUCGCGCUCCCGCCGGAGCCCGGGGAAGCGGAGACUACGAGGCGGCCCGGCCCUGCGCCCACAUCAUGCCCGCAGCGGAGCGGGCCGCCGCCGUCCUCGUGGAGCUCGCGGAGGCGACGAUGCUGCGGGCCGCGGGGCCGCGGCAGCGAGGGUAGCGGGGCUAGAAUCGGCCCCGAGGCCCCGGAGGCGGGUGGAGCAGGAGGGGGAGCGGCAGGCAUCCUCCGCGGCGCGGCGGGCGGGCGGCGGCCCUGCUGCCCCGGCGCGCCCCUGGCCCGAGAGCCCGGAGAAUGCGAGCUGCGCUCCCCGCCGGCCGGCCGCCUCCCCCAGCGCCGCACGCCCGGCGCUCCCCGGAGCUUCUCGCGUCGCCGCUGCCCCCCAGCUGCGGGCGCCUGGCCGCUGGCUGCGCUAGGACCCGCCGCCGCUGGUCGCGGAGGGCUGGUGGGAAGGGAGGAGCGGGAGCUAGAGGGCCCCAGAGACUGGCGCCUGCCUGGGCGCAGCGCGGCAUGUAGCUGCGGGCGCCCGCGCCAAGGUGUCAGCCCGGGACCCCACCAUGGCUGGGACGGACAGUGGGAACCUGAAAACGGUGAGGCUGUGGCGGGACGCCGCCCUGCGUGCCAGAAAGCUGAGGAGCAACCUGCGCCAGCUCACCCUCAGCGCGGCCGGGGGCAGCCCAGGUGCCGACCAGAUCGACUCCCCCGACGCCCCCCAGCUGGUGCUGCCGGCCAACAUCGGGGACAUUGAGGUGCUGAACCUGGGGAACAACGGCCUGGAGGAGGUGCCCGACGGGCUGGGCUCUGCGCUGGGCAGCUUGCGCGUCCUGGUUCUGCGCCGAAACCGCUUCGCCCGGCUGCCCCCCGCGGUGGCGGAGCUGGGCCACCACCUAACCGAGCUGGACGUGAGCCACAACCGGCUGAGCGUCCUGGGCGCCGAGGUGGUGAGCGCCCUGCGUGAGCUGCGGAAGCUCAACCUCAGCCACAACCAGCUGCCCGCCAUGCCUGCCCAGCUGGGCGCGCUGGUCCACCUGGAGGAGCUGGACGUCAGUUUUAACCGGUUGACACACCUGCCCGACUCCUUCUCCUGCCUCUCCCACCUGCGCACCCUCGACGUGGACCACAACCAGCUCACGGCUUUUCCCCGGCAGCUGUUGCAGCUGGCGGCCUUGGAGGAGCUGGAUGUGUCCAGCAACCGGCUGCGUGGCCUACCUGAAGAUAUCAGUGCCCUGCGUGCCCUAAAGAUCCUGUGGCUGAGCGGGGCUGAGCUUGGCACCCUGCCCAGCGGUUUCUGCGAGCUGGCCAGCCUGGAGAGCCUCAUGCUGGACAACAACGGGCUGCAGGCUCUGCCUGCCCAGUUCAGCCGCCUGCAGCGGCUCAAAAUGCUCAAUCUCUCCUCCAACCUCUUUGAGGAGUUCCCUGCCGCACUGCUGCCCCUGGCUGGUCUGGAGGAGCUCUACCUUAGUCGCAACCAGCUCACUUCAGUGCCAUCCCUGAUCUCUGGCCUGAGCCGUCUUCUCACCCUGUGGCUGGAUAAUAACCGGAUCAGAUACCUGCCAGACUCCAUCGUGGAGCUGACCGGCCUGGAGGAGCUCGUGUUGCAGGGGAACCAGAUUGCUGUGCUGCCAGACAACUUUGGCCAGCUCUCCCGGGUGGGCCUGUGGAAGAUCAAGGACAACCCGCUGAUCCAGCCCCCUUACGAGGUCUGUAUGAAGGGAAUCCCCUAUAUCGCAGCCUACCAGAAGGAGCUGGCUCAUUCCCAGCCGGCGGUGCAGCCCCGCCUCAAGCUGCUCCUGAUGGGCCAUAAGGCUGCAGGAAAGACCCUGCUCUGUCACUGCCUCACCGAAGACAGAGUGGAGGUGAGCCAAGGAGAAGGGGAAAAGGAGAAGAGCUACCCCGCUUCACCUCCUCCUGUGAGCAAGGGCAUUGAGGUGACCAGCUGGACAGCGGAUGCCUCCAGGGGCCUGCGGUUCAUCGUGUAUGACUUAGCUGGGGAUGAAAGUUACGAGGUGAUCCAGCCCUUCUUCCUCUCCCCGGGGGCUCUUUAUGUGCUGGUGGUGAACUUGGCCACCUAUGAGCCACUGCGCUUUCCCACCACUGUGGGCUCCUUCUUGCAUCGGGUGGGGGCCCGGGUGCCUCAUGCCGUGGUGUGCAUUGUAGGCACGCAUGCCGACCUCUGCGGGGAACAGGAGCUGGAGGAGAAGUGUUUGGACAUUCACCGCCAGAUUGCCCUUCAGGAGAAGCGUGACGCCGAGGGCCUAAGCCGUCUAGCCCAGGUGGUAGAUGAGGCACUGGCCCGGGACUUCGAGCUCCGCUCUGCCAGCCCCCAUGCUGCGUACUAUGGCGUUUCAGACAAGAACCUUCGGCGGCGCAAGGCCCACUUUCAGUACCUGCUCAACCACCGGCUGCAGAUCCUCUCCCCCGUGCUGCCCGUUAGCUGCAGGGAUCCCUGCCAGUUAAAGCGCCUUCGGGACAAACUGCUUUCAGUUGCCGAGCACCGGGAAAUCUUCCCCAACUUACACAGAGUACUGCCCAGGUCCUGGCAGGUGCUGGAGGAGCUGCACUUCCAGCCCCCUCAGGCACAGCGGCUCUGGCUCAGCUGGUGGGACUCAGCUCGCCUGGGCCUGCAGGCCGGGCUGACCGAGGACCGACUGCAGAGUGCUCUCUCCUACCUGCACGAGAGUGGCAAGCUGCUCUACUUUGAGGACAGCCCGGCUCUCAAGGAGCAUGUCUUCCACAACCUGUCCCGCCUAAUCGACAUCCUCAAUGUUUUCUUCCAGAGGGAUCCUUCCUUGCUGCUGCAUAAGCUGCUCCUAGGGACCAAUGGUGAGGCUGAGGGUGAGGGCGAAAGCUCCCCACUGAUGGCACUGCCCGCCCCGAGCCAGGACACGCUGCGGGCCACCCAGCUUCAUCAUUAUGUGGAGGGCUUUCUGCUGCAUGGGCUCCUGCCAGCCCAUGUCAUCCGGUUGCUGUUGAAGCCUCAUGUCCAGGCUCAGCAGGACCUGCAGCUGCUGCUGGAGCUGCUGGAGAAGAUGGGACUAUGUUACUGCCUCAACAAACCCAAGGGCAAGCCUUUGAAUGGGUCCACGGCCUGGUACAAGUUCCCGUGCUAUGUGCAGAAUGAGGUGCCCCACGCAGAGGCCUGGAUUAAUGGGACCAACCUGGCCGGGCAGUCCUUUGUGGCUGAGCAGUUACAGAUUGAAUAUAGUUUUCCCUUCACCUUUCCACCUGGCUUGUUUGCACGCUACAGCGUCCAGAUCAACAGCCAUGUGGUGCACAGGUCAGAUGGCAAACUUCAAAUCUUUGCAUAUAGAGGAAAAGUCCCUGUGGUGGUGAGUUACAGACCUGCCAAGGGGGUCCUGCAGCCAGACACUCUGUCCAUCGCCAGCCAUGCGUCUUUACCAAACAUAUGGACAGCAUGGCAAGCCAUAACCCCCUUGGUAGAGGAGCUGAAUGUCCUUCUUCAGGAAUGGCCUGGACUGCACUACACCGUGCACAUUCUCUGUUCUAAGUGCCUUAAGAGAGGGUCGCCCAAUCCACACGCUUUCCCAGGGGAGUUGCUGAGUCAGCCCAGACCAGAAGGAGUGGCAGAGAUCAUCUGCCCCAAGAAUGGCAGUGAGCGAGUGAAUGUUGCCUUGGUUUACCCACCCACACCGACUGUGAUCAGCCCCUGUUCCAAGAAGAACGUUGGUGAAAAGCACAGAAACCAGUGACUUUUAUAUGGCUGUGGAACUUCCAUGGAGAAAAGAGCAUCAGAAUGUACCUGGACCAUCUUUUGUACCCGGCAAACCCUCCACGCUCCCAGGCAUAUUCUGUGACUUCAAGUGCAUACGUGUUUGGGGUGCUUUCAGGGGAGGAAGCACACCUAGCCUGUAGACAAGAUGGGGAGGGGCAGGGGUGGGUAAGGAUGGGAGAGAAUAUGGAGCAAAUGUUUUACAACCUGAACCUCAGAACUGUGAUCCUCCAGGGAGAGCGCUACUUGAAGAAAAGAAAAAAAAAAAAAAAAAAAAAAAAAAAAGUCGAAUGGCUUCUCAGGGAUUUUGUUUUCCAUGCACAUAUAAGCCAUAGUUCCAGUACAGGUGGCAGUAUUUAGAGCACUCAGAUUUCAGUUCUGUUAAAUGUGAAAGAGCGAUCAACUGACCAUUCAUUGCUGUUCCGUAACUAGUGUAAAAUAUGUAUAUGUUUAUCUUUAUUUUUAUAAUAUGCAAAUACAUUUAAAUUUAUACAGGUUGAAGCUUCUAGCGUUAGUUAACACUGGGUGCAAUAUUCUGAUGAGAACUGUGCCAAGAUGGGGCUGAUUUCUUAUUUUAGCAUAGGACCUUUUUGUUUUUAUUCUUUAUUCUUUAAUCCUUUGCAGAUUAAAAAGAAAAAGAUCUCUCUCUCUCUGCCCAUGGAUGAAGUGUUGGUUCAUAGAGGUUGGCAGUAAUCAGCAAGAACUUUAAAUAUAUGUUUCAGGCAAUGUCCCCUCCCCUCCUUUUACAUAAAGAUCCCUGCCUAUAAACCACUGGACAAGGUAAUAGGAUUAUUCCUUUUCUUUGCCCACUAGUGCCAGGCAGUCUUCCUUGCUCUAGGCUUUGUGAUAACUGCGAAUUGUCACUGGGUGAUGGUGUGAUGGAGGCCUGGUGUUAGGACUCUUCAGGGGAGGGGGAUUACGGAAUCCACAAAUCCAUGGAAAACCAGAGUCUUGCAAUAGCUCAAGAUAAUCAGGAGUCAGUUCUGAAGCAUAUAUAUAUAAAGAGCUCUGCUAAUAAGUCUUUUUUUUUUUUUUCUUUUUUCUUUUUAGAACAGAGUCUGUGAAAUUUAGCAGAGCACUCUGAAAGCCCUCCACAUCUGGUCAGACCUUAAGAUAGGGCAUUGCCUAAUUGGAGAGCAUGAGCCCACUUUGGCUAUUUAUAAUUACAGAGCCUCUGAUUGGAUGGUCUACUGCCAAGAACUAGUAAAAUCCUAGUUUUAAAAUCUCCAUAAAAUGCAACUUAAAAAGCCAACCAAUGAAAUUGCUCUCUCUUCUUCUCCUCAUCGGGGCCAAAUAGCAUCUGCAGCGAUAGUAACACAUUCCUUAAGGAAUGUGCAUGACUCUGUUUACAUCUGCCGCCUAUCCAUGUUGAUUGAAAAUGUGUAAAACUAUUUCACACCCAUGUAAGGCAAGAAAAAAAUGAGUCCACUGGUAUUAUUCUUUUAUAAAGUAUUGAUUCUUGGAAUGCCACAGUAUAUGAAGUCUCCAUGUAUUUUUACUUUUUUUUUUGGCCGUGCCUGUGGCAUGUAGAAGUUCCUAGGCCGGGGAUUGACCCAUGCCACAGUAGUGACCUGAGCUGCUGCAGUGACAACACUGAAUCCUUAACCCACUGCGCCACAAGGGAACUCCCAAAGUCGCCACAUAUUUUUAAAAGAAAAAAAAAAAAAAAAGAGCAAGUGGCUGCAUUGCAAAAAAAAAAAAAAAAAAAAAAAAAUCACAAAUUGAAUUUUUGUAGAUUAUUUUGUGCCCCAGGAGUUAACUUCAUUAACUCCAGUACCUCCAGUUAAACAAGCAUGACAUCUUAUAAAAUCAAAUGGGAUCAGACUAUUUCCACAUUUUUAUACUUGAAUAUGACACCUCAGAUUUGCGAUUUCAUUUUCUUUUAGAACAGUCACAAGAUUAAUCUGGUUAAUCCUUUUGUCACAGUUCUCCUGUGCGUGUGCAUGUGCGAGUGUAUGUGUGUGUGUGUGAGUGUAAACUGAAUGGCGACAUUUAAUUGCUUUAUGGAUCACUGAAUUGUUGGGCAUAAAAGUUUUUCCAAUUGGCACGAGACAGUUCCUAAACUGUCAAAUUAAGUGACUUUGACUAGUCUUUUGAAAAGACUCUUAAGUGUGGACUUCAGGCUAACUCCCCAGGGGACCAUAUUAAAUGGGAAAAAAAAAAAAUGCUCCUUUGGGUGACAUACCCUGCAAAGUGUUUGCUCUUAAUAUGAACAUAGUUGCCCACAUUCUUAAUAUCUGCUAUUUUUGGACAAGUGAUGUUUUGUGCUGUCAUCUGAACCCUAGAGAAGCAGUGUAAGAAGAAAUCUUGGUGUCACAUGUAUUUUAGCAAAAAGGUCAUCAUGAUAGAGGGUCAUGUGACCAAAAGCAGCUCCGGAAAAGCAUAAGAACUUGCUUCAGGAUUGGGGGAGGGUCAGAGAUACAGAAAACACUCUGCUCUAUAGGAAUUUUCUUCAUCUCUGCAGGAAAGUCCAUUUUCUCUUUCAACACCUGGGAAGACUCAGCCAGGGAGGCUGACAGGCAAUUCACGAAGCACAAGCGGUAUCUUUCCAACAAAGUUUUGUCCCUUGCCUUGCAAACAAACGCCCUCCAAGUUUGUUAUGGUUUCUAUUCCUGCAUCUUGUGGUAUCAAAACCACUUCCUGGAAUUGUAAAAGCGCUGCCAGAAUAAAUGUUUUUCCCCCUUCUAAGGAAAAAAAAAAAAAGACAGUGCUCAUAUAUGACACUUGUGCAUUGGACUCUUCUGAAUGAAUAAAAUGGAAAGGGUUUGGUGUAA